CCUACCGCUGUCUCCUUUGGCUCCCCUACCUCGGGGCUUGAGACUGAAGGGGCAUCUCGCUGAGGGCCUUCCAGCCCCGAUGCCGCCUAUCCAGAGACCCCCAAAUUCUGAUCUUGAAGUUGGAGGCCUCCGAGGAAGUUUGUUUCUAACCUUUUAGAAGGGUUGGAGGGGUUAAGGCUGCCUGACCCCAGCCUAGUGUGUGGGGUGCCAAGGCUUGGGCAGCAUGACGACGGAGACGUUCGUGAAGGAUAUCAAGCCCGGGCUCAAGAAUCUGAACCUUAUCUUCAUUGUUCUGGAGACAGGCCGAGUGACCAAGACAAAGGACGGGCACGAGGUUCGGACCUGCAAAGUGGCAGACAAAACGGGCAGCAUCAAUAUCUCCGUCUGGGACGACGUGGGCAACCUGAUCCAGCCUGGGGACAUUAUCCGGCUCACCAAAGGGUAUGCUUCAGUGUUCAAAGGUUGUCUGACACUGUACACUGGCCGUGGGGGUGAUCUGCAAAAGAUUGGAGAAUUCUGUAUGGUUUAUUCUGAGGUUCCUAACUUCAGUGAGCCAAACCCAGAGUACAACACCCAGCAGGCACCCAACAAGGCGGUGCAGAACGACAACAGCCCUACAGCUCCCCAGCCUACCACUGGGCCCCCUGCAGCUCCUCCAGCCUCUGAGAGCCAGAACGGGAAUGGUCUGAGUACCUCACCAAGUCCUGGUGGUGGGCCACAUCCCCCUCACACUCCCUCCCAUCCCCCCAGCACCCGAAUCACUCGAAGCCAGCCCAACCACACACCUGCUGGCCCUCCUGGCCCCUCCAGCAAUCCUGUCAGUAACGGCAAAGAAACUCGGAGGAGCAGCAAGAGAUAGCAAGACACUCUUCCUCCCUUUCCUCCACAACCAAGUAUCUGCUGAAGAAUAAGACAGCCUCCUACUAGGCUGUUGGCUUGGGAUUAGGGUGGAGAGGGGUAGCAGUAUUUUAGCUAUUAAACUUCACUGGAGGGGUGAUGAGCAGGGUCUUAUCCACCCUAAGCCCAUACUCCCACAUUCAGUUGAAGCUGUCUGCCCCCUGGGAUUCAGGAUCUUCUGCCUGCCCUGCUUCCUCUUUAGAAAUGACAGUUACAGUCUGUUUCUUGUAUGUGAUAUGGGGGUCUAAUUGAAAUCCCUCCUUCCUAAUAAAUGUUACCACUCUGUACUA